GGGAAGAGAGGAAGGGAGAGUAAAAGGGAGGCCAGAGAGCGAGUGCGCCCGCCCCCGCCUCCGCCGCCUCUCCAGGACUACCCCGCUAAGCGAAGCCGAACCCAACCAAGCCAGCAGGAGAGGCAAGCGGAGGCGAAGGAAGCAGAGGGGAGACAAGCUAAGCCGAGCAAGGCUGCCCACCCCGGAUCCCCAGUGAAGGGCUCGGGCCGUGCACUCCCUGGCUUCGCCAGUUCCUGUGCCUACCCCCGUCCCUGGCACGGUAUCCCAUCCUGCCAACUUGUCUUCUUCCCCCGCCGCCCAUCUGCCCUCUCCACGCCUCCCGCCCUCCGGGCCCCCUCCCCCUUUCCUCCUCUCUCCCCCCUCCUCAGUGCCUCCAGAAAACCCAGCCCUCCCGGGGCGGCCCCGCAGUGCCAGGGACCCGGGGAGCCACCGCCGCCUGCGCGCUCUUCUGAUCUGCCCUAGCCCAGCACGCAGGCUUCCAGUCCGCCCUCCCGUCCCACGGUCCGUCAGACAGUUCCACCAUCAGUCAGUUAGCCCGGAGCCAUGACCGCCGAAAAGGCUCUGCCCAUAGGCAACGGGAAAGCGGCGGAGGAGGCGCGGGACCCCGAGGCCUCCAGUGCUAGCUUGGUGUCCAGCCGCGACAAGAAGGUUCACGAGCGGGGCCACUGGAACAACAAGGUUGAGUUUGUGCUGAGCGUAGCGGGCGAGAUCAUCGGGCUGGGCAACGUGUGGCGCUUUCCUUACCUGUGCUACAAGAAUGGAGGAGGAGCUUUCCUGAUUCCAUAUGUGGUAUUUUUUAUAUGCUGCGGAAUACCUGUGUUUUUCCUGGAGACAGCCCUGGGACAAUUUACUAGUGAAGGGGGCAUCACAUGCUGGAGGAAAAUCUGCCCCUUAUUUGAAGGUAUUGGCUAUGCGACUCAAGUGAUUGAGGCUCACUUAAAUGUAUACUACAUCAUCAUUCUAGCUUGGGCUAUUUUCUAUCUGUUCAAUUGCUUCACCACGGAGUUACCCUGGGCUACCUGUGGGCAUGAAUGGAAUACAGAUCGCUGUGUGGAGUUCCAGAAGUUGAACAUGAGUAAUUGCAGCCAGGUGUCCCUCCAGAAUGCAACCUCACCUGUCAUGGAAUUUUGGGAGCGCAGAGUCCUCGCCAUCUCUGAUGGGAUCGAGCACAUUGGUAAACUCCGCUGGGAGCUGGCCCUCUGCCUCCUCGCUGCCUGGACCAUUUGCUAUUUCUGCAUUUGGAAGGGGACCAAAUCCACAGGGAAGGUCGUGUAUGUCACUGCCACAUUCCCCUACAUCAUGCUUUUGAUUCUUCUCAUUCGAGGGGUGACACUGCCUGGAGCUUCCGAAGGGAUCAAGUUUUACCUCUACCCUGACAUCUCUCGGCUCUCCGAUGCCCAGGUCUGGGUAGAUGCUGGAACUCAGAUAUUUUUCUCCUAUGCCAUCUGCCUGGGAUGUUUGACAGCUCUGGGAAGUUACAACAAUUAUAAUAAUAAUUGCUACAGAGACUGCAUCAUGCUGUGCUGUCUGAACAGUGGCACCAGUUUUGUGGCCGGGUUUGCCAUUUUCUCUGUCCUUGGAUUCAUGGCGUACGAGCAGGGGGUGCCCAUUGCCGAGGUGGCAGAAUCAGGCCCCGGCCUAGCCUUUAUUGCCUACCCCAAGGCGGUCACCAUGAUGCCCCUUUCUCCUCUGUGGGCUACCUUGUUCUUCAUGAUGCUCAUCUUCUUGGGACUGGACAGCCAGUUUGUGUGUGUGGAAAGUCUCGUGACAGCAGUAGUGGAUAUGUAUCCAAAGACUUUUCGGCGUGGCUAUCGGCGGGAACUGCUCAUCUUGGCCCUGUCCAUCGUCUCCUACUUCCUUGGCUUGGUCAUGUUAACAGAGGGUGGUAUGUAUAUCUUCCAACUGUUUGAUUCCUAUGCAGCCAGCGGGAUGUGCCUUCUCUUUGUUGCAAUCUUUGAAUGUGUCUGCAUUGGCUGGGUUUAUGGGAGCAAUCGCUUUUAUGACAACAUUGAAGACAUGAUUGGCUACAAACCACUAUCUCUAAUAAAGUGGUGCUGGAAAGUGGUAACUCCAGGCAUCUGUGCAGGAAUCUUCAUCUUCUUCCUGGUUAAAUACAAACCCCUCAAGUACAACAAUGUGUACACAUACCCCAACUGGGGUUAUGGGAUCGGGUGGAUGAUGGCACUCUCCUCUAUGGUCUGCAUUCCACUUUGGAUUAUCCUCAAGAUGUGGCAGAUUGAGGGCACGCUCCUGGAGAAACUCAGGAAGUUGAUAGUGCCCAGCCCGGAUCUGAAGAUGAGAGGGAAACUUGGCACUGGCCCACGAACGGUUACCCUAAAUGACUGUGACGCUAAACUCAAAGGGGAUGGAAACAUUUCUGCCAUCACAGAAAAGGAGACACAUUUCUGAGAGACCUUUCUUCGACUGGGAUUUUUUUUUUAUAAAUGAAGAUAUAAACUACUUCACUUAAUUAUAGGAGUCGCUUGUUUUGCACAAAAAUUAUUAACAAGUUAAUUUUAAAGUGAACACUGUAUACUUGUUUAAAAGUCAUUAUUUUUUAAUUAUUAUGUAAGUAACAGUCACAAAGAGAUAAUAUUGUAUGGGAUGCUAGCAAAAACUUCUUGUAAUGUGGUGAUUUAAAUUGUCAUUUUAUAGGAAUUAAGAAGGUCUGUAAAAAUGUACUGUCAACCUUUUAUACUUUGGGUUUGGGGGAUGGGGUGGCAUUGAACAGCUCUCAUUAUGUUUCUAAUCCAUUUCCACAGACCAUUGUGGACCAUUUCCUUUCCAAUAUAUGUCUAUAAAAGGGGACUAUUGUUUCUUUCUCUGUACACUGGAGAGAAGCUUCCACUCAGUUCUUGCCAUCUUCAUUUGAGCCCCAGUCUCCAGAUCAUGGGAUUUAGAACUUGAAGAGAAUUUAGAAACAUUGAAUCCAAGCCUCUCAUUUGAUAGAUGAGAUGCAGGAAAGUUUGGCAUCCAGGUAGCAACUCCACUCUCCAGGCUUUGAGGUAUGAUAGAAAAAAUUCUGGCUGAAAAUGAGAAAUCCUAGACUUGAUUUCCAGCUUCCCCAGUUACUCACUUAGCUAAAUUAUCUUCCCUCUCUUAAUUGUCAUGUUCCUCCUCUGUACCAUGAAGGCACUGGAUGAGGUAACCUCCAAAGUCCCUUCUAACCCUGAUGUCCGCCUAUUUUCUAGUCUCAAAAUCAUAGAUCCAGUCAAGUUUCCAGAAUGGAAGGCCAUAUCUUAGAGAUGAUUAUCCUUCAAAUUAGCAUCAAAGAUAUUGUUUUGUGGGGCUUAUUUCUCUUUAGUCUAACAAGCAUCAACUGACUCUUACUACUCUUAAGACUUAGGAAGUCUCUCCUCUCCAUACUUUCUUGCUCCAGCGUAUACUGUCUUUUAUUUGUCUCAGUAUUUGUCUUUCACUUUGGUUGGAAACAUCACACACUUUUUCUGUUUCAUUCUAUAAGCAAGUGAAUACUAAGAGAAAAGCUACAUCCCCUUAGCCAAUAAAGAGUUAAUUAGAAAAAGUCAUUAAUAUGAUGAGCUUCAUUCUGUCUUUUCUAGAAAUGUUGGCCUUCAGCCCAUUAUUGUAUUUGAAAAGUGAUUGACGUAGAGUGAUGGGGUAGAAGAACAUGUUUGAAAUCACUUCCUCAAGUUUCUGGAAUGAGGGUGGCAUUUCUCUCAUACUACCUAGGUGAGAAAACAGAAUGGAAAGAUCCUCAUGCAAGCCCCAAAUUCCUGCCACUAGUAAGAUCUUAGCCAAGUAAUUUUCUGUCUUGGACCUCAUUUGCCACAUCUGUAAAAGAAGGAUUUGGAAUCACAUGCUUCUGAAGGUGUCUUCUAACGCUAAUAUCCUAUUCCUAUCUUGCUUUUGUGCUAUAUUUUUAAUUAAUCCUGGGAGCUAGAAUCAUCCCCAUAUCUAGUAUGUAUGUGGUUCAAGUCACCUGAGAUAUCCCCAAACUAGAGAAGCAGUCUUGGAGUACAGAAGACCUGGGUUUGGGUUCACCUCUGAUAUGUACCAAUUCUGUCACCCUGCACAAGUCCCUUAAUUUCUCAGUGCCCCAGGCAACUCUCUAAGGCAUUAAUUGGCAAAGCAGGUGAAGAUUUAAUUCAGUAGAGGAGUUUUUUAAUAUAUCAAUGAAACCACAGGUUCAAACAAAACAAAACAAAACCUUCCCCAUUCCCAUAUUUUAGGAGGCUUACCAAAUGCCUCAUAUGUUUAAAAAAAAGAAAAAGUAAAUCAAAUUAUAGAAAUAGUGAGUUUAACCUAAUUUUUAAUACUACAAAAUCUAAUUUAAUUUUUAAAUCUAAUUUAAUAUUACAAAAAGACGUAGAUUUAUUUUUUUCCCCAAAAGACUAGAUAAUCAUUGUUAAGUUGUAUUGGAUCUGUAUAAAAUUUCCUUCAGCUCUAAGUGAUUUCAUCAUUUCCAUGAUGCGUUUUCCCAGUUUUUAUCAAUCUUCUUAGCAUAUAUCUUAGCACAUAAGACCGAAUGUUCUAUUUUGUGGUAUCUGCCACUGAUUAGCUUGGGUAACUCUUUUUCACUUGGGUCUCAGUCUCUUUCUCUAUAAAAUAAGUGGAUUAGGUUAAAUGAUCUCAAAGAGUUCCUUCAAACACUAACAUCCUCUGAUCCUUCUUUUGGGUUGGUCUCUCAGUUGGAUUUGGGUUUCCAGUUCACUUUGCUUUUUCUUCCCUCUGGCUUGGGUAAUGGAUAGGAAGAAUAGUUGUUCAUGGGAGGUAGAGUCUGGAAAUGACAUAUUUUUCUAUCCAGAUGUUAUAAGCAUGUUCUUUCCCUUCUCUUCAUGUUUUUGAGCUCUCCCUUCUCCUUCAGCUUUGACUUAUCUUCACUAUUUACUUUCCAAGACUUUUCUUCUAUUAGUCAAUGACAGUGUUAAACUCUUUUGGUCCACUUCCUCUGUAAAUGGUUGUUCCAAAUUUCCACUAUUUCUCUCUUCCAAGACAAUGCCUACCUGCUCUGUCAAUAGUCAAGUGCCGAGUCUUUCAUUUUUCUUCUUAAUACUCAAUUCUUUCUUUGUUCCUUCCAAGUGGCCCUCUGCCCAGAGAAAUAUAAGCAGCUCCAAGUUAAAAAAAAAAAAGCCUGUCCCUCAAUGACCAUGGUUUCUGAAGGAGGUAUUUAUGCUAAACUAUAGUCCAAUCGAUUCCUUGAUCUUGCUUGGUGGCUUUUAAGGCUAUGUCUCUAUAUUUACUUGCUUGGAUUUUUUCAAACUGAUAUAUCUGUUUCUUAAUUAUCAUUUUAAUUUUUAGGAAUACUUUUUAACCCUUUGCCAUUAACUAGCUGACAGCCCUGAAUAAAUCACAAAUACCUCCUUCGAACAUUAGUCAUUUCAUUUAUAAACUGAGGGUUUUGAAUGGGUAGAUUUGUAAGGCUCUUUCCUGCUUCCUACAUUUCCUGGAGAUGUGAGCUUUUCAGAAUCAGAACUUUUGGUUUACAGCACACUGGGGUUGAAAAGGUGAAAUUUUGUUUACAUCAUAAUGUUUGAAGAAAAUGAAAUAUGAUUUUGAACUAAAGUUUCCCAAACUAACUCAUUUAUCUCUUCUGUCAGGAAUCUAUUUCUUUCCCCAGUUUUGUCAUUUUGUCUUGAUGGCCUUCAGUUUCCCAUGGCCUCGGCUCUCCCUCUUCACUCAUCAUCUUGAUCUAGAAUCCCGUCUCCAAAAAGGUAGCAAGAUGCCUCCCUCAGGGAUCUUGAGUCUUAUGACCUAUACCUUAGGUUCAUUUCUUUCUAUGUUCACCAAGUAAGCAUUCCAACAAAUCCUGGGUUUGGAAGGUUUUCUGAUUCUGCUGCUAUAGAUUGUUUUGAUAAUAACUUUAUAUACAUACAUGUGGGACUACAUGGUCUGCAGUUACUAACAUGCUGGGGGCUCAGUUUUUGUGCAUUUAACACUUGAACUGCUUAACAUUUUAUUCAUGGCACACAGGAGGGAUUUUUUCCCAAAUUUCCUACUGGUAUUUGUGUACCUUCUUUGGAAACAAAAAAAUGACACAAAAGAGAAUUAUGUUCUUAUGGUGAUGACUUUUUGAUAUUCAUAUAGAAGCAAUAGAUCCUUUCAGAGAUAUUUACAGUAUUAUAAAAAGAAAGGGUUGUAUUACUGUUUUACACAGCUGAAGUUUUUAUUUGGUAUUCAAAGGGCACAAAAUUUUUUGUCUGCUUACUCAUUUUUAAAAAUUAAAGAAGUGAACAAUGUGUGACAA